AUGGAAGCCAUAUUACAACCGCCUCAACCGUUUCGAUUCGAGAAUAAUCUACUAAACGUCACAUCGGGAAACGUAAGCAAAGAAUGGGAGAAAUGGAAAAAGGCUUUUUUGGUAUAUUUUGAGGCCUGCGAAUUGAAUAAAAAAGAGAAGAGAGUACAAAUUAACAUACUGUUACACAUUAUAGGUGAAAAAUGCCGAGAAAUAUAUGAACAGUUUUCUGGAGAGUAUAAAACGGUGGAUGACGUAUUAAAACAAUUUGAUGAGGUAUUUUUACCCAGGAAAAACUUAACUGUUGAGCGACAUAUUUUUUUUACACGAGAUCAAGAAGAAAUGGAAUCAAUUGAGCAAUACGUAUUUGAAUUGAACAAAAUGGCAGCAAAAUGUGAAUUUAAAGAUUUGUGUAGUGAUCUCGUGCGGGACAGAUUAAUAUGUGGGAUCAGGAAUGGUGCGAUUAGGGAGAGAUUACUAAGAGAACCAGAUUUAACUUUAUCCAAAGCCGUGGAUGUUUGCAAAUUGGCUGAAUUGUCACGUGUUCAAGCGACCAACAUAAAGACAGAAAAUACGGAAUAUAAUGUACAUGAAAUCAAUAACGGAUUACAAGGCAUGAAACACAAUGAAGCACUUAUGUUAAACAGAAUUAAAAAUCGGAGGUCGGGAAUGAAACACCAUGCAGGCGCUGAUGGUAAAACAAUUAACGAACGGAGGGAUCGCAGAUUUGAACGGGAUUCGUACCAGCGUCGCGAUCUUCGUAACCAAUCAUCCUCUAGCGGACGGCAGCAAAGACAGCGACACAUGAAUGUCAGAAAAAAUGCUAACGGAUGCGGAAAAUGUGGUGGAAUUCAAGGAUGGAAUGAAUGCCCAGCGUUUGGCCACAGGUGUUACAACUGUAGUAAGAUGAAUCAUUAUUCGAGAAUGUGCCGGGUGUAUGCCAUACAGGAGGCCUCCAGCGAUCAGGCCGAUGAGUCACACGUGAUGGCUGUUAAAAACAUGCCUACCCCUAAAAAUCAAAAAGAUGUCGAACGAUUUUUGGGAUUAGCUACAUAUGUGAUCGCUCCCGUGGUAGCGGACCUCUCCAUAUCGCACUCACGUGACCACCUCGCCGCCCAAGCGCAGGUGUGUUGUAUCGCAGCCAGUAAUCCUCUAACGGAUACAAUUUUUUUACAAAUACAACAAAAUACUAAGAAUGAUCAAACAUUACAAAAAUUAAUAAAAGUUAUAAAGAAUGGUAGCAGUCGCUAUGAUACACACAGCUCCGGUGCACCAAUGCACCAACUGAAUUCGAAUAGUCGCUCUAUUACUAAUUAUUGCACCCGUUAUGACAGGGAAGUGAGAGCUCCUGAUCGCUGGGGAUAUUCCACACCUGGCGCACCACUAAAAAGCCCAUAG